UCACCAAUCACACCAUUGCAAUAAAGUGCAUUGACCAACCUGCUGUUGCUGUCGACCGAUUUUAGCAGGGAUUGAAUCAGUUGAAUAGAUGUUUGCUUCCGCGUUUAUACUUCGAAGUGACUAGCUUGGCACCGCGAUGCAGCCCGAGUCAUCCGAGUUGUUUUGCUACUCAUUAUUCAACUAAAAUGGCGUCGCUGUUUAUCAAUUAGUUUGUUAAAGUGAACCUUCCUCAGUGAUCGCAUCCGAGUGAGUCAUAAACCGUCAUAGCAAUGACAUUUUUAUAGCACACAGUGAGAAUACGUUUAGAAAACGUUUCGUGGAAGACUAGUUAGUGUGAUUUACAGAGCACAAUAAUGCGCGAAUUCAAAGUGGUCGUGCUGGGUUCGGGUGGGGUCGGGAAGAGUGCUUUGACUGUGCAAUUUGUGUCAGGAUGUUUCAUGGAAAAAUAUGACCCCACAAUAGAGGAUUUCUAUAGAAAAGAAAUAGAAGUGGACAAUUCACCAUGUGUUUUAGAAAUUUUGGAUACUGCCGGCACAGAACAGUUCGCUUCGAUGCGGGAUUUGUAUAUAAAAAAUGGCCAAGGCUUCGUCGUAGUAUAUUCACUAACGAAUCACCAAACGUUUCAAGACAUCAAACCGAUGAAGGAAUUGAUAACACGCGUCAAAGGUUCAGAACGCGUACCUAUAUUGCUCGUCGGCAACAAGGCAGACUUGGAUCAUCAGCGCGAGGUUUCACAGGCGGAGGGCGCGGCACUGGCACAGAUGUGGGGCUGCCCUUUCGUGGAGGCCUCUGCUAAGAGCCGCACGAACGUCAAUGAAAUGUUCGCUGAAAUCGUGCGUGAAAUGAACGUUAGCCCUGAAAAGGAAAAGAAACCUUAUUGUUGUUGUACAGUGCUUUAAUAUUUAGAGUGUAAUGUGGCAUUUAUUUCUCGUAAGACUGCAAAGACGAGGCGGGAGUGUGUCCGCCUCGCCCUGACGGCCGGUUGCCUCCAGUGGGGCGGUCGACGACGGCGCGCCGGCCGCGACUGCUGGACCCAUGGCGGUCGCGAUGCGCGUCAUAUCAUGUUGUUAAUAUCUUUGAUACAUACCAUUGUCCAAUCGAGGUGCUUUAUCUUAUAUUUUCAUACUUUAGUACUGGUAGAUACUCCCGCAGUAACCAUUAUCAUAUAAUAUGAACAAAGUAUCCUAUUUGGGGAGCUUAAAUAUUGCAAAAGACCAUAUUAAUUAGUUUGAUUUUCGUCAUCAUAAACAGAGAUGCAUGCAAAAGAUGUUGGAAUAAAGAAAACAUGUAUUGUAAAGUAAUAUUAGUCAACUUGUAUAUAAUUUCAUGAGAUUAAUGAUGUCGGAGGACAUGGACGGUGUAGAGAAUUUAAAAAGCCAUCCAAAUAAUAUGCAAUAAACUUAAAUGUGUAGAGUGGAGUGAGAUGAGUAAGAGUUUACACCUAAGUCAUGUCACAGACUGUGUUUUAUUGUGUAAAUUAUGUUUAUAUGAGAAAUCAGUAAUCAAGGAAAUACAGUAAGAAUUGUCAGUUGCGUGAUUGUGUUUUAAAAGUCUACCAGGAUUUGUGAUAAUACAUUAUAACAAAGUAUCUAUAAUAAAAGUUUUAAGUGGGAGAUUAAAAAGUGAAGUUUUAUUCUUCAGAUUCAAAGGUAAACACACUAUUUUCAUUAUUACAAUACACAUUAUUGGUGCAAAAUAUUUUAUUACAAAAAAAUUUUGAUUUAAUUAUAUUAUGAUAUUACAUAUUUACUAGUUCCGUCACACAUGAGCAGCAGCACAGGAAAUUCAGUAUUAUACAAUUAUAUCAAUUCCAAUCAUGACCUCUAUAUUACUAUUUAAGUAAUAUUGCUACAGUUCAAACUAAAAUCUGGUAACAUAUUUUAAUGAUAUGUUGUUUUUUAUGCAAUUUGAAAUAGCUAAUAACUGCCCUGCUGAUGGAAGAAAUUACCAUUCCUAGCAAUUAUAAUAUUAUGUCGCAAUGCACUGCAAUUUUUUUGCCUAGAUUAUACAGGUAGAGUGUCUCUAUAGAAAUGCUUCAAGAGAAGCCGAUCAACUUUUUUAUACAAUUUUGAGUGAUAAAUAGUUAUGAGUGAUUCUUUUAUAACUUCCGUAUUUAUUUUGUUUUAUAAAUUUUGCCUUUUUAUUGUGCAAAAACUCAUUUUAAUUAUUAAAUAAUUGAAUAUUGAUCUUGAAGUAUCAAGAUACAUUAUUUGCAUAAAUAUAUAGAACAUUAAUAAAAAAAAAAUGAGUCUGGUAUUGGAAAAUUAGCUGACAAAAAGUUGACCCAUUUUUGAGGGUUGAUGCUCUAUCUAUAUAAUCUAAGUUUCUCUGCUAUAUCCUAUCCUUCAAAUUGAAAACAAACAUGUAAACAUGAGUAGGGCAGACAUGAUUAAAAGCAGACAAAUAUUGUAAAUCUAAAGUUUCUGGUGAAAUAUAUGCAUUCAUAGAUGCUUAUUCAAAACAACCCUAUAUAUUAAAUAUGUAUAUUCUUAUUUGGUUUGAAAUAUUAAAAUUUUCAUGUUUCUUCAGACAAUUCUACUGGAUCUACUGAACUGAUUUAGGCAUAAUUUGUCAUGUUAAAAAUCUUAAUAUGUAUAAUACAAUGCUCCACAUUUUUUAAGAAAUGCAAUACUGCUACAUUUUAUUAAAAUCAGUACCAUUUUUGUGUCAGAUAUAUUUGCUGUACUUAAUAACAAAAUUUAAAUAACAGUAUUUUUACCCAACAUUUAAUUUUUCUUGUAAAUGUAUAAGUUAAUGUUUUAUAUCAUAGUGGGUAGGUUUUAAUAACGAAAUUUAGAUAGCAGUAUUUCACCCAACAUUUAAUUUUUCAUGUAAAAGUUAAUUUUUAUAUCAUAGUGGGUAGGUAUCAAAUUUAAUCAAUAUACUAAGAUAUGCAUUAGUAUAUCUUGUAUUAAUUAGGAAAAAUAAAAUUUUAUUUAUUAAACAAAAAGUAUAAUUAAUGUGUAGUACAAAUAUUAUAUUCUCUACAAAUUGCACUAUUUUAGUAUGACCUAGUAAGCAAUUGAUUGUAAGGACAAGUUUUAUAUUUUAUUUGGUUUCAUUUGCUAUAAGAAGUAUCUUGGGCUCAUAACCUCUGAAUUAUGAAGGUAAAUUUAUAGAAAAUUAUAGGUAGGUAGUAUAUAUAAAAUUAUAGGUAGAUAGUAUAUAUAAAAUUAUAGGUAGGUAGUAUAUAUAAAAUUAUUAAUUAUGUAGGGUAAGAUACCAUAAGAAUUGAUCAAAUACUUGUUAUUUUUUUUUCUGUAGAAAGUAGAUAUUACACAGUAUUUAUCAUAUUCCUUAAUAGGUCUAUUUUGUUGAAACUAUACAUUAUGUUGAAUCCAUUAGUAGAUAGAUAACAAUGUGGCUAUAUAGAAAAUAAAAAGUGAGUUUGUUAGUAAUGAUGACUAAUGUAGUCUAAUGAAAUGUAAAUUUACAUUUUUAAACAAUUUUAGACUUGGAUAAGUGAGCACUUUUAUAAUAUUACUAUGGAUUUUAUUAUUAUGUAAUGCAGUAAUGAAAGCAAUGAAAGUAUAUGAAUUGAGAAACACUUUUGAAGUAUGUUAAAAAUAAUAUUCAACAUGUAUAUCAUAUUAUAUAUAUUAAUAAGACCAUCGACACCAUACAAUAUAGUAUUAUGUCGAUAGUGUCUCUCAUGUUACUCCUGAGAACUAAAGUGUUUGGCAUCUGUAGUCACUAAUAUCUUUUUAUUCUGCAAACCGAAAUAUAUCUAUGUAAGCACAGCUGUUUGGCGACAUAAACACAAUCGAGUUUGAAAAUGAAAGUAUAUUCACACGUAACUUUCGAGAUUCGUAAUUAAACGACAAGAAAGGAACCCUUAAGAAUGUAAAGAGAAGUCUUCGUGUUUGUUCACAUCUCUGUCUGCUUAGGUUGUUCAUGUGUGACAUAAUUUUUUUUAUACAACUUUAGUGGCAAUCAAACAAGCAAAUGGCCCGUCUGAUAGUGAACAGGCUUACCAUAGACCAUGGAUGUCUGUAACACCAAAGAUGUCACGCGCGUUUUGCCAGUCCUAAAGAAACCCUAAUACGCCCUUUUUGAAGAACCUCAUGCUGUAGUUUCUAAGAAAAGCCUCGGCAGGAAGAUCAUUCCACAAUCUGAGUGUUCGUGGGAGGAAGCUGUUUUGAAAUUGUUCUGUUUAUUAUAUGUUUAUUAUUAUACACUUAUUGAAGUCCGAUAUUUAUGAUACUAUUAUGCAGAUUUAAAAAGCGAUUUUCAUAAAAGUUGUAUAAGAAUUGAAAAAAGUAGAGGCCUAAAUCCUAAUGCACUGUCAGAUAAAAAAAAAUUGUUACGUCAUACUUAGUAGCAAAUCGCUUUAAUCUAUAAAAAUCCCGUGUUAAGAUGUUAAUCUCCGAAACUGCUACUGAUUUUAAUAAAAUUUUGUAAAUUUGUAUUAUUUGUUCCAACUUAAAGGGAUAGGAUAAUGUUAUCCUUAUAAGAUAAAAUGAACCCGGUAACUGACGGUAGGGGGCAGAACAAUGUUUGCCAGUUCAGGUAUGACUUUUUAUUUGCUGUUAUUUUUGGGUGAUGUGAUAAAUGCUCGAGGAGGCUCUUUUCUGGGAGUUUUUGAGCUACUACAUAUGUAGGUAUAAGUAUGAAGAUUCAGAAUUUAAACAGUCGCUUUCUCUUUUACUUUGAAAGGCUAAAUAUUAAUAUUUUUUACUAAUAUUGUAAAUGUGAAUUUGUUUUUUCUAGGCGACUUACCGGCUUAACAAAUUGUCAUGAAAGACAUGAUAAAGGACAGGUAGGCUACUUUUAUCUCGGUCACGCGGACAGCUAGUUAACACUUCUGUACUAUAUUAUAAAGAGGAAAGAUUUGAUUUUUAGUAUUUUUGUUUGCAACGGAGAAACUCAAAAAUUACUCGAUCGAUUUUAAAAUAACUUUCACAUAUAAAAAGCUAUAUUAUAUGCGAGUGAUAUAGGCUAUAUUACAUUAUUUAAAAGAAAAAGUUUCCUACGAAAAUUGAGAUUCAUGUAAUCAUUAUAAAAAUAUGAGAACUUUAAAACAGUGUUAUAAGGCCCUAUUAGAUAAUGUGUAUAAGAUGUACCAAAUGUUAGUAUAUAUCUUCAAUGCAGAGAAGUAAAAACUUAAUAUUUUGUCGUUGCUGGCCAUUAUUGGCUUUCAUUAGAUAUCCUUUCGACAAACGUUAUACGCAGGAGUUGAACGCUGAAUACUAAGGCCGGUCUGUAUUAGAGGACGUAAAUAAAAAAAUAGAUGGAGAGUGUUAUUUAUGAAGGAGGAAGAGAAUAUCUACUAGAAAUAACAACUGAUAGAAAUAGAAGAAGGAAUAGAUACUUUAUUUAUCAGACAAUAUAGGCAUUUAUAAUGAGUGCAUUAUAAUACAUUUAAGAGUCUUAAUUACGAAUAAAUUAAGUAUAAUUAUCUUUUAUAGGCGCGAAUAGCUAAAUAGACAUAGUAGAUUUAACGGGGCUGUCUCCUUACAGUAGUACUCGUCUUAGGCAAAUGACUGAGCGCGCGCUCACUAGGCACUGCUAAACUGCAGUAGUUGUUGGACCGUAACGCGCGGUGCGCAACCAUCCCCGGUUUCUAAAUGCUGAUCCAAUUUUAUUGCGAUUAUUUUAUGCACAACUUCGAUUUCUCUGUUCCUCGCGAAACGUAUAUUUUUACUAAAUAUGUUGCGUAAAUAUGUACUACCUAACAACUUAUAAAAAAAAAUUUUACUCAUUGUAUUGUAUGUAGAUAGUACAAAUGCAACACUAUCAUAAUCAUUAUCUAUGAUUUUCUUUUAUCGCUAUUAUUAAUCAUGAAAUAAUAUUUAUUUGUAGAAUACCUAUGUGUUCAAGGCCAAUGACGUAGGUACUUACCAGUUCUUAUUAAAUGCUUCGUACGGGAACGAUAUUAUUAUAUUAAAGAUAAACGGGCUACACUCACUCGAGCUACGGUCCACUGCACGACCUCUGAACUACCAUAAUGAAUUACCUACCUAUUGACAAUCUAUCGUUUUAGCUACAAAAGAUAAUUUUGUCGUUUGAUUUUAUUACCCCCGGAAGAUUUAAUGGAGACUGUAAAAGUUCACAUACCUACUUUAUAGUUGGUUACAUACUAAGUUUCCUCUUCUGUGAUAGGGCGGAAGUAUUUUUUAUCUGGAUAUUGUCGAGUUUAAGGCCAUGCUUCGAUUGCUCAGUCGUUUGAUCGUUUCGUGCACUACUACUGUUUAGGUGCCGUUACUGGCCCAGAUAGAGCUAAUUCGCCCGGACGUUGACGUAGGGAGUUGUAAUAGCAUGUUUAUUUCCCUGGGUUUCCGUCAGAGUUGGUCAGUGUCAAUCUGAGGUGUCAACUGUUGAGUGACAUUUAUUUUCUGGCAAUCCCAUUUAUUUUAUUAUCAGUAAGUACCUAUGCAAAGUUACAGCGUAAUUUACGCAAUAUCUAUAGGUCACGGUAGUGGUUUCACUCUUGUCUUUGUUUUUUAUAACGAUGAAAUUUAUAAUUGACUUCUGUAUUUUAAUAGUCAGAAUUAAUGUUUUAAUGCCAUAAGAAAUAAAAACUUCAGUUUGGUCAAAAUUAAUAUUAAAUGAAUCAGUACCAGUACGAGAAUAAUCUUUACUGAUUGGUAAGUUCAAAAUUAACGAGAUAUAACAUACACACAAAAUAAAUAUCAUCGAAUUACAUGCAUAAUCAUCAUUAACUAAUGAUUCUUCCCAGCUUCGUACAGAUAGAUAGAUAUUAGAAAGAAAUUAAUAUUUUAUAUUAGCUUUAUUAGUUAAAUUUAUAGUACUUUACAUAAUUUUAAUUUUCGUAGGAAUUGCGAAUGAUUAUGAAAAUAAUAUAUAGCUAAUAAUGUAGCUUUAUACAGGUCAAAUAAUUUUUAAAUUGGGCGAGUAGUUUUGAGUUUAUCCGUUACAAACAGACAGAAAUCUUCAUAAUACUAGUAUAAAUAAAUAUUAUUAUUUUCGGAGAUACAUUUCAACAAUGUGUAUAAAAAUGCAAUAAAAAUAAUAUAUAAAAAAUGGAAGGAUAUGUUAGUUAUUAUUAAUUCUGUUGUGUAGUACUACCACAGAGUAGGUAUAUUAUUGUGGAUUUGUGGUAUACUUUUAGAACAUUCACUAAACCGUAAUUAUUUCCCGUCAUAAUAUAUAAUCUCGUAAACUGGUUCAAUAAGAGGCGCAGCUGUCUUUGUAUAUAUAUACCUAUUCUGUAUAUAUAUACAAAGACAGCUGAGAGUCUGUGUUUGUAUAUACCUAUAUAAAAGUUAGUCAUAACAUAAGAAAGAGUUAAAUAUUUAACAAGUUAGGUAUGGAAUAGCGGGUUAUAUAUUUUGAAUCUAAUAAUGAUAAUAAGACUAGGUAUUCACACCAAUAUUCGACACAAAGCGGCUGGUCUAAAUUUCCUACAGAGAUUCUCGACUUACUCUCAUAUGGAGAUAAUACUCGUAUGUGCAGUUGUAGGACAUGGUUCAUCGUCAUUUAAGAUAAUUGAUGUUCCUCUACAAGUCGAAUAGGUGCCAGUCGUGAAGGGACAUUACUUUUAGUAAUAUAUACCUCUAUGGUGCCACUAUUAAGUUUUAUUACCAUUUAACGACCCGUUCCAUACUCUCGUUCGUGUCUGAGGCUAGUUUAAAAGAGAUUAUUGUAAUACACACUCCUGUUGGUACACUCAACAAAAUUACUUACGUGUGUAUACUUUGAAACGUGAACGUUCCUAAAAAAUAAUGAAAUAAUAUGCACUAACUACUUACAUAUUCUCAGCGAUUGUAAGUGGUUAAAAUAUGUUUAACUAUGUAAUCGAAUAGGGAUAUAUGUAUAUUUUUAAGAAAAUUAGAAUGGCAAGCCGUCAGUGUACCUGAUGGAUAUUGGUAUCAUUAUUAUUAAGUAUUACUACUUAUUAUUAUAAUCCUCCGCUUCCAGCCUAAGAAUAGGCUUUACUCAAUGUCUUACAUUCAACCAACGCAUUCUCCUGCUUUUUGCAUGGUCCUUUUAGAUCGGUGGUCUAUUAAACAGGGAUUUUUAGUAACCCCUGCCCUAUCGUGACCACCUUUUUAACUAGGAAUAUAUUUUUAAUGGGUAAAAAUAUAAUGAGUACCUUUUAUCUGUGCUAUUGGUACUUAUACAUUGACAAGGCACUAGUAAUGGAUAGUAGAUGACGAUGAAGGAAGGUCAAUCAACCUAUAGUGAUUAAUUUACCAGGAAUUAACUUCUAAUAAUUAACCACGAUGGGCCAACUGAUCUGUGUCAUUUCCACCUAUCAUCUCUCACUGGUGCCCCGCCAGCGUAUUCCGUUAGCGCAGGCAGGGCUACCAUUCAUUAUCAUCCAUUAUAAAAAAAAUACCUUUUCCUCUUCUUGACUAGGAUUAGUAAAGCUGCCGUAUACUGUAGGUCACAUUAUUCUAACGUCUGCAGUUUAGAAAUUAUGUCCUUAAGUCGCUCACGCUGAUCAGCUGUCUUAAUGAGGUAUUAAAAAAUAGAAGUGAUUCUAUGUUACAUAGAUGGAAAUAUGUCGGUAGUUAUGGAUAUACCUGCUUCCAGUUAUUUUAAAUGUAUAUUUCAUAAUUACUGAUGUAUUUAUUAUUCAGAUAAAAAAAACAUAUUAAUAACUAUUUGUUGCAUUUAUGUAAAUGGUCAGUCGGAUAUAGUUUAUAUUUUCCCUACCCAUGGUAGGUAUAUGCUGAUAAUAUUAAUUAGCUUUGGUUUGUUACUUUGUAUUUGUUUUUGCUAUUUGUAUGCUCGUGUUUAUAACGCUAAUAUAUCUAGGUAUAUACCUAUUUUUAUUUUAAUAAGCUAGUUGCAUUUUGUCAUAUGAUAAUUGUACUGGUAAAUCUCCAAUAGAAUUAUAAUUCUCGAUAGAUUCUGAUCAAAAAUACACCAAUACAAUAAGGAAAAUAAAUUGGACGUACAUACUUUUCGGCCUUUGUUAUUGUAUGAUUCAUAGCUUCGUUUCUAAGUUUUUUAUUAUCAAAACAAAGUUUUAUUGAUAGAGUAACAAUUAAAAUCUUAUUGCGUUAUUAAAAUUGUAUUAUAUAGAUAAUGUAGAAAUAGUCAAAAACCUUCACAAAGCUUUUUGAAAGAUAGGCAUUGUUAUGCACAUGUCGCAAGUUACGGCUUAUAUCUGAGGUAGGUAAUUGUUUACGUUUGCUUUACCGCUACAAUUGUUGUUGCUAAUUAUUCUAGCAAGGUGGUACCUGUGUCAAAAUUUUUUAUUUUUCAUAGAAAUGAGACACGUGUUGUUAUACUAAGUUAUGACUACACAAAUUUUUCAGUAAAAUCCGUUACUAAUUUUUGCGUGCAGUGUACAAACCAACGGUGUACAGUGGUCUCUGGUACAGAUAUGAUUUCUGUUACCGGCUAUAGUUCUCGAACUCCAAGUGACAAUAUAAUGAGUAAUAAACAGACAUUUCGCCUUUAUUUGUUGGUUACAGUAGCCUAUAUAUUGAACUGUGGACACUUGUAACAACAGUGACGCCACGUGCGCGAUUAACCAUUCCAUCCUCCUGUAGCCGUGUUGCCAGUACUAAUUGACAUAUGGUUAUUGUAGUGAAUAUAAGUCCCGUGAGGGUCCAAUAUUAUGAUGCCUUAAAAUUGAUAAUGAUGGAACCGGAUGCUCCUCACAGGUUGUCUAUACGCCCACCGAGAUUCACCAAUAUCACGAAGAGUAUUCGAUUGCCAAGUAUAGAAUUAAUGCCUAAAUGUUUUAUAAGCAGCCUAUGAGCAGGCAAGGUCUCGCUUGGAAUAGAAGCACAGAGCGUCUCCCGCGCACCACGUUGACGUUGCUCGCGCGCUUCUACUGCGUGUGGGGCAGCUAUAAAUACAUACACACCAACAUUCGCUGCACGUCCGUUCUAUAUAAAUUUGUUGGGCAAUAUAAUUAAAAAAAGUUUACUAAAAUAACAAAAACAUCCGAUUGUAAGAAUCGUCGCAGCUCUGUUUGAUGAACAAUAUUUUUUAACAAUACUACAAAAUUGGUUACGGAUGCUCGUCCUCUUAAUAUAAUAAAUGCGAAAGUUUGUAACGAUGAAUUGAUGGGUGGAUGUUUGUUAUUCUUUCACGUAAAAACUAGAAGACAGAUUUGAAUAAAAUUUGGUACACGGGUAGGUAAUAUCCUAACUUAGUACAUAGGAUACUUUAUGUACUGAUUCACGUGGGCGAAACCGCGUCAUAUAGCUAGUCAUAUGAAUCCUAUUUGUAUCUAGGGGUAGUGAGUAUAAAAUACAUAUUGAAAUAAAACGCUGUCAAAUAACAGGAUUAAGUACUCAUGAAUGUAGUUUGUAGCGGAUAACAAUUGAAAUGGCGUAGUUUGUGAAUCCGACAUCGACGUGAAUGGUUGGGUGCUCUUCUAUGUUCCCAUGCUCCGACGUUCUCAUGGAAACAAUCGAUGCGGGCGAAGCAACGUUAUUAAAUCGAAUGGUGCUAUUUAUAUUUACGUUAAAUAACUGCAUUUAUAUGCCCCCAUUUUUAUACGACUAAAUAUAUAAGGAUAUUGCAUUAGUAAUUAAUAAACAUAUCUUAAACAUACAUUUAUUAUUAGUCCAAACACAGUAGGUAUAUAAUAAUAUGUAAGUGUACACAGAUUAAAUAAAUAUUGUCAUGUGCAAAUAGAAAUGAAAACUGACCGAUGAUUGUGUAAAUUAUAUUCGUGUAGUACAGAUGCAAAAGGAAAUUUGUUUGACGUCGAUAACUUACUGCCUUACAUUGACACCUAAUAUGGUUUGAUCACGUCAGUCUAUGUAUGCAGCUACAUUUCCAGAUUCUUGGAGAAGUCAAAACAAAAGUCUAUUAUCCUACUUCUUAUUACUAUUAUAAACGCGAAACUUUAAGCACGUAUUGAUGGAUUUUUUUUUAUACAACUUAGAAUGAUAAACAAGCUGACGGCCCAUCUGAUGGAAAGUGGUAACCGUCGCCUAUAGACAUGAGCAGUACCAUGGACAUAACAGAGUACCUAUACUGUUUCGCCCAUGAUACCCCCCAUGCGUUGCCAUUCUUGAGGACUCUGGUGUUAUUCCUAUGUACCCAGUAAAUUCACGCCAUAUCCCAUCCUUCAAAUCAAAACACAGCCGUGCAAACACAACUGCUUCACUGUUGAAACACGAAUAGGACAGAGGUACCCAAGCAAUCGACUUUUAUACAAAGACUCCCUCUGGUAAAAAGAUGGAUAUUUGUUUUUCAAUACCCUCAAUGUGCUGAACAGAUUUGAAUGAAAUAUGAUAUACGACAAGGUUAAAAUAUGGGGUACUUUAUAUACUGAUAAACCAGGGUAAAGCCACGGCAAACAAUUCGUGUUAAUAAGUGUCCUUUAUGACUAUUUGUUAAACUAAUGUUGUUAGAAAUAAAUCAAGUCGGGAUAUUUUAAAAAUGUGAUUGCUGUAACUAUUAGCAAUCGUGCGUGUUUGGUCCUCGGUAGGUUCCUCGAAGAUGUUGAAAAAAAUUUUUUUAGAUAUCACAUUAGCAACCUCCUAUUUCUGCUGCUUGCACAAACUUGAUUGGUCAGAUAGAACAAUAUCUUAUUUAUUGAGAAAGGGUAUUGACUAUGUAUAUCUAUGUAAAAGCAAUAAUGAAUUUAUUGCUUUUAUGUCCCCACUUAAGCCUCCCUCAUAGAUUGUCAUAAGUAAUGAGCCUGGACUGUGUGUAUUCACAGAGUCCUUUAAUAAAUUAGCGGUUGUCGCUACGUACAUCAUUAAGAACACUUAGAUGUAUUAGUAAUAUUCGUUAUUAUUACACAUUUUACUAUUUACUCAAAUAUUUUGUGUUAUUAUUAGUAAAUAGAGUAUGUUAUACGGGUACAUGUGACACCCUAUGUUUAUAUGCUUUUUUUUAUUAGGUCCGUAUGCAAAUGUUAGUUACAUUAUUUUUACGUGUAAGUUAAAAUGACACUUCGUACAAUCCUACUUAAUAAGCCAAAACAAGUUUCAUAAUUUAGCCAAAAGAAUACGAUAUACAACUGCAAGCUUCUUUUAGUGGGUAGUCUGACAUAUUCCACAAUGUAGACGCAUUUCUCUUUGUCAGAUUUUAAACUUGGAACAUGUUUUUAUAUGCAACACUGUUCCUGCUAUCAGAUACGUAGGACGUCAUGAAUACAAUUAUGAUUUUUAACAUGUAGGGGAUAAGUAAUAAAUUACUGUACCUACACGUUUCGGGUAGCGGAUGGGAUGAGCAACACGUGCUCGGUUUCCAGUGGUCUACACAAUAACAUCAUGAGAGACGAGCAUUGUUUAGCCGGUAGCCCUCAAAUUGAAAUGGUACCACGUGUUGAACAGGUUUCAGAUAUUUGGAUAACUUCCGUUUAGUUACUGCAUCAAUAUUUUAUAUUUGUAUAUAUUAUUUAGUAUUUAUUUGUAAUGAGAUAAUACUAUCAUUGAGCUAUUACGUUAUAAGUGCUAUUUAUGUGUUUUUAAAUUUAAAAACAUUUUUAUAUUUUUGUGUUGACAAAAUACUUUUAUGGUAGACUGUACGUGGGCGCCCGUCGUCUUAUUAAGAUUAACGACUCUCAGGUAUUUUAUAUUUAUGUAAGUACCUACUUAUAUGAAAUCUUAUUAAUAUUCUUUAUAGUGAAAUGGUAAAGCAUAAGCUCGACAAAGCAAAAAAUAAAAUUAGACUAAUAAAAGCAUAGAAAUUUGUUCGUGAAUGCAGUCGAGCAACAAAAUGGUGCAUUUAGAAUGAUUUUUGUAAGCUUUUUUACCAGUAUUACUAUUAAAACAAUUGGAAAAAAAUCCUUUUAUUCCAUCAAAAAUGUCUAAUUCUAGUGUCGUCGUAUUGAUUAUUUGCUCAUUGCUGUUCUACAAUAUUUUAGGGUCUAAAUAAUCAUGAAAAAAUUUGUAUGUACUUAACAGUAAAUAUAUAUUUAUUUUUAAUUUUAUUCAUUUAUUAGAUGCACAAGACAACUUUACAACAAUAUAUUUAACAACAACAAUACAGACUUUGUGUAUCCUGGCAAGAUAUAUUAUUAAUGUACGUUACACUAUCAAUUACAUUGUCUGUUAUUCAUUUUUAUUGAUAAUAUCGAUGAAGCUACUUUUGAAGACGCGAAUAAAAAUGUCCUUACUAAGGUAUUUUUUCCCAUAAAAUCCUGCUAGUAAAUCACUUUUCGGAUAGAUGAUAGGCGUGGCGGCUGGAAGGACAUCGUAAAAUUACUUUUAACAUUUCUGUAGCUAUAUUUUUAGGAUAUAUAUACGAUUGAAAUUAAUAAUGGUCUAAUCCACUGACUUAUAUAAUUCCUAAAUUUUUUAUGUAAAUUUGAAUAUAAAACCAUUUUGUUAAAUUUAAAAAAGAUAAAAUUUUUGUAGUGUAGUUUUGAUAACUCGAUCCAUCAAUCAGGUGAUUGAUAAAUCAGACUAUCGGAGCUAACUAUUACCAUAGUAGUUAGGUAUAUCAUUGAAGAAUUAUUCACUAGAUCCUAAUUUCUAAUUAAGAGUAAGUCAAUAAGAGACGAAGCAUUGCAUCGUCAAUGGGUAUUAAUGAACAUAAGUAAUUUUAUGUAAGAAUAAUCAAGUAAAAGUAUCGAGAAUUGAACCUAUAAUAAAGGUACUCAUCAGAAGUGAAACUAUAUCGAAUUGUUUAUCACGAACUGGUUUUUGUACGUGUCUAGUUAUUAUAGGAGUUUUUGCGUGCGUGUGUUUAUUCGUAACAUGCGAUACACAAUGUUCCCCGUAUACAUUGGUGCCGUAUUAGAAAUAUCCACUCGACUGUGUGUACAAUAAAAAGUGAAAUCAUAUAAUAACACAAAAUGUUAGUGAAAUUUUUCCUUGAACGUUUAUUACCAUAAUAUCAUGUUUACCCACCUAAGUAGGUUACUUAACGUUAUUAUACAUUAUAUUUGUUUAUUAUAUGAGUUUAAAUUUGCACAGACUGACGAGACUUGUUGGUCAUAAACACUAAGUUUGGCAAUACUACAAGUAAUACUCGUAUUGCUGUGUUCAAGUCAGGCUCAAGUGUCAUUUGAUAUUUCUUGGAAGAAGAAACACGAUGUCAUUGUACUUUACUAGCAACCCUCUACGUUCAUUAUUUUUAUACUCUGCUAGAUUCUAAAUUACAUUUUCCUAAAGUUAUUUCUAAAAUAAAAAAAUACAUACUUCAUGCUGAUUCUUAAUAUAAUUAUUGUGCUGUAUAUCAAAUUGAAAUUUUAAAUUCAGAUAAUGGAGUUUCAAGAUUAUUCUACCAGUUUUGGCGGUAAGAGUGUUUAUUUGGUAAUGUUUGGGAAGUGUUCAUUACUACUGGAGGCUAGAGAGUUAGUCAGAUACAGAUUAAAAUUAACAAGUUUUUUUUUAGUUUGAUCGAAUUAUUUAAGGGUCAGAUUAAAAACUGUAGUCUGAUGAAUCAGGAAAAACUACCAGUGGGUCAAGAUUUUCAAUGAAAUACUUAUGUAUUUAUUUAUGACCUACAACAUCGUUGUAAUUUUACAUAAAGAAUAAAUGUAUUGUUCUAGAAAUACGAUUGUGUUGAGUCAGUCAUAUAUUAACAUUAGAUAAGAAUCGGAUUCAUUUGCAUAUUAUGGUACGUUUAUUGGUUCAUUGUGAUACAGAAUAAUCAGAUUAUGGAAAAUGUCACACUGUUUGACCCUAAACAAACAUUAGUGAACAAUUUAUGUCAUUUUAAUUUAUCGUAGUUUUUAAUUCGUAGUUUAAAAUUCUAUACGUGCUUUACAAACAUUAUAACCUUAAACUCCAAAUACUGAUGUUAUGUUAAUAAGAAAAACAGUAGAAUGCUCCUAUUAAAUUAUAUUGAUUUAUCUACUGUAAUACUUAUGUUUAUAUAUAAAAUAGUACCACUAUGACUUUUUAUUGUUAUUAUAUUAUUAUAUUUCAUUUCUUACGAAGAGAAAGGAUCUUUUCUAAUCUCGUUGAUAUUCCAACUUCUCUGUUUCGUAAUGAAGGUAACUUGUAGGAAUUGCUAAGUUCAUUCAUAAAACAUGUAGCCGAGCGCACGUGGCUCCAGGGGUGAGGGUGGCACUGUGAGACUGUCUUUAGAAAGCAACUUUGUUUUGUUUCUUUUAUCAUAAGACUUUCUCACAUUAUGUAUGAUUAAAGAUAUAAUAAUAUUAGCAACAAUAAAAACAGCCCUUUUAUAAGUUUUUUUUUUUCCAUUAAAAAAAGUUUUCCUGCAAUAUAUUAUAAUCUUUUGUAGAAACUUCUUAAUUAAAUUAUCGGAUUAAAAUAAUAUGCAGCCUGUGUUUCUCGCUGAUAAUGUACCUUUCUAUAUAGAUUAAGUAGUUUUUGAGUUUAUCCAAUACAAAUAAACAAUCAAAUCUUUCUUCUAUGUAACAUUAGUAUGGUAUAGAUAUAGGACUUCUAAAAUUAAUAUUGUAGAUAGUUCCAUUUAUUAUUACAGAUAAAGUAAAUAAUACCUAUAACUGCUUUUGUUUCUCUACUAGUGUAUACUUAUAGGCGCUUGGUACUUUGCCAAUUCCGCAAAGUUCAAUGUCGACUUUAUGCGUGAAACAAGGCUUUGUCACAAUAUUAAAGUAUUUGAACACAGCGUCAUUUUUCCAAUAAUAACAUACGUAUGCAGCAGCAAAUGUGGGAGUUGGUAGGCAGCUAAUGGUUUUCUCUUUGAGUUCGCGUUGAUAGGCAACAAGUGUUUUCUAGUAGCUUACAACAAAGGUCAUUGGGAAGUAGCACAGAUGUUUUUACUGUUCUUUAUCUGCCGUCGAAUCGAGCGAAAGGUAUCAUCAUAGUGCCACGUUUCCCGGUGAAAUCGCGUAUUCUCACACGGCUGACAAAAAAAAUGGUGGUAUCACUUGAAGCAGUUAAUUGUAUUGAAAUAUGCGGUGCGCGUCUUACAAACAGCGUACCUAGUGAAGAAUCGGGCUAGCGUGUGUAUGUAUAGUUGAGUCACGGUUACUUCGAUGGCAAACCGCCAAUGUUUCCGACACUUCCAACCAACGGUAGGCCAAACUACGCAGCUAUAGUCAAUGAAAAUAGCCGUCGUACAGUCUCCCAGUCGAAGAUUCUGAGCUUUAAGUAGAUAAUGCAGUAAUCAGAAGAAAAAUAAAGUGUGUUACUUUAAUAAGCAGCUGUAACGUUGUACAAUAUAACGUAUUAGCAAUAUAAUCAUUCCUUAGCACAAUGUUAAGGAAUGAUUAAAACAUCAUUUUAAUUUGUAACGUAUAGAAUUAUUAGUGAAUUAAAUUUAGAAAUAGUAGCAAAUUUUGUGAGUGACGGGAUUGAUAUAAAAGAAAUAAGAAAUGUUCAUGUGACCUGUCUGUCUUAUUACAUUUUUUUUUUAUCAAACAGACCGUAUCGUACUAGAGUUUGUUACCUAUUUCUGUUGAGAUUUUUCUCAGAGUGUGUUUGGUGUAAUUUUUGUUUUAUAUAAAUAUUUUAAGUCCUUUAUUAUACAUAUACACUAUUUUUAUUCAUACAAAACUUAAUCGUAGUUUUCGUAUAUCUACGUAGAUAUUAUUUUAUAUUGUAAGGAAUAAUAUGAUGAUGAAUAACAUGUAUCUUUGAAAAUACUCGUAUAUUAAUUAAAGUAGUUAUAGUUGCAAGAUAAACAGCAAGACUGAAAGUGAACGUGGUUUGCUCGAGAAAUUGGCUGAUUGGCUGUGCAGUUACACCAUACAUCACAGAGUCUGCGAGUGACAUCAACCUUAUAAGCUACUUAUUGAGAGCAAGUUGGAGGGUAGUUUUGUUUAAUAUAUUUUGUUAUAAUCUUUAUUAACAUUAAACAAGUUCUGGCAAUAUU